GAGAGCAUUUUUGAAAUUUAUCAGUCAUUAGGCAGAGAUUUGCAUUUCGAAAAUGGUUAUCGCCAAGUUAUUGAUAAUUUGUGUGGUCGCCUUGGUUUCAGUUUCCGCUGAAAUUGAAUACCGUAGACUGUCUAGACCUUCCAAACCCACACGAGCACCAUCAACGGAAUGUCGUAGACAGUACCUUCCGAACAAUAGAGACUGCACCAAGUUUUAUCAGUGUUCAAAUGGCAUCCUCUACAGCUUCGAUUGUCCCCCCGGUCUUUAUUUUAGCCCUAAAUUAAACGUGUGCACGUAUCCCGAGGAUUCUGGCUGUAGGGUCAGACCCACGAGGCCUCCACGACCUACGAGACCCACAACAACAACCACAACAACUACAACAACUACCACAACUAGGAGACCGAAACCAACACGCCCAACGCUACCACCAAAACCCACAAAAACAACCAGGCGGCCAAGACCUACUCUUCCGCCAAGACCCACGAGACGCCCGCGAGGACCCCCGAAAGGACCCCAACCUACGGCGUUCUUGAAUCUAUUUCGCCAGUUCCCCUGAAUGAUAUUGAGAAACCAGAUUGACGGAACGACGCAGUUAUUCUUGUUAUAAUGUUUGUGUUAAAUAUAAAUUAGUUAUUGCAAA